AUGCCCUGCAAUGUCAUCGAAGCCAUCAAUCACGAUUAUGAGCAGAAAUUCGACCUCCUUUCUCAAGCCUUGCCCUCCCGAUUCACAGAGAACCUGAGACGAGUUCGUGCUGAACUUUCAUUGCUCUUUACAUCGACACAUCCUUUGGUCCUGAGUCAUGAUGACCUUUGCGAGAUGAAUAUCUUUGUGGAUCCCAACACUGGGCAUGUCACUGGGAUUAUCGACUGGGCAGAGGCUAGCAUCCUUCCUUUCGGCAUUUCUUUAUGGGCUUUCGAGAACAUACUUGGCUAUAUGGAUUCCCAGGGAUGGCACUAUUACAAUAACCGUGACAAACUCGAGGACUUGUUCUGGCAAACUUUUGAGGAGGCUGUUGGUGGAAUCUCGGAGACAGAUAGGCAAGCCAUCCGUGUGGCGAGAAUGGCUGGCUUCUUCUUGCGUUACGGUUUCGUGUGGGAAGAUGGAGUGAGAGAAAUACCUGCGAAGGAGUCGGAUUCCGACCUGAGAUAUCUCGAUGCGUUCUGCACGACUGGUGACAACCCCCUCUAG